AUGGGAUCUCUGACCUCAUUUUUCCUUUUCACUUUGAUAACAAUUACUAUUGGGAAAACUGUUGAUUACACUGGGCGUAACUUAUUACGUGUCCCAAUAGAUAAUAUCAAAGAUGCCCAUGUCGUAAAAUUAUCAGACAACAAAAUAACCGACCUUGGUUCUUUCAAUUCAUCUCCACUCAUACGGUAUCUCUACGCCGACAACAAUAAGGUAAACAACAUUUCGAGGCAAACGUUUCAAGGGCUAGAUGAAUUACUGUAUCUCAAUCUGGCUACAAAUUACAUUUCGACCCUUCGCGAAUUCACUUUUUCUGCUCUUUCGGUGUUGUUGGAUCUUUACCUAGUUAAUAACUACAUCGCUACAAUAUCAGACAGCGCAUUUGAAGGCUUGGCAAAUUUGGAAUACCUCGAUCUUUCUGGAAACCUUUUGCCUGUGUUUCCAACGCAAGCCAUCAAGUUAAUUCCUAGCAAUCAGCUCCUUUUGGUUAUGCUUCGAGUCAACAAGAUCAGACAAAUACCGGCAGAUAUAAAAACAAUACACCCUUUAACUUCUUACGAUUUACAGGGCAACCCUUUGAGGUGUUCCGCUGAACUCCUAGCAAGCCGAGGGAACACGUCAAACCCAGGAUACGAUUUAGGAGUAUCCUAUUACAGUAUCAUCACAAGACAUAAUCGAUCUUUCGUUGAAAAAACGACCUUUAUCAAAAAACCUUUCAAAUACUUUGGUGUUCGUCCACACAUGCUCCACGUAUUUGAAAAUAAUGGCAUUACAAUAGAUCUGCCCUUCACGAGAUCUUUCUUGUAUAAAUAUUAUUGGGAUACCCCAACUGGAAGAUACCGAUUAAGUCCCGGGGGAACAGGAAAAAGUAGUAUUGAAAGGUUUGCUGUUAGAAACUCUGGUCUAUACACGUGUGUAGCACACAGGGGUCAUAUCAAAAUGAUGUAUGAUGUACUACUGUGUAUGGAUCUUAGACGCAAGGAGGAAGAACAACACCAGACUAAAAUGCCCGCAAUUGAGAACUUGAAUGACAACAGUACCGACACUUGUACCUUUUUUACAAAUCAGUCUUGUUGUGGGUCAAAGGAUAAUCACAAGUUCUGUGUUGAAAGCAACAUCACUCUACAAACAAACAAUGAAAGUGGACAUAACGCCUUACUAGUGAUUGUACCUGUUAACUUAGCCGUCAUUUUUAUAGCGUUCCUUCUUUUGGCUAUAUAUUGUUGGAGAAAAUAUCGUGCUAAAUCUCGCCCUCAAGUCCCUCACGUCGUUACUGCAACAUGGCACGUUGGGCAACAAGCGGCGGCUGUCAGUAUCUCUGCUCCCGUCGUGCCCGGUUCAGUAGGACGCUCAGAAGAGGUGGGAUCUAACCGGAACCACCAAUGUCUCCGAGGUUCGCUUUUGCAAGAGAGUCCGUCAACCGCAGGAACGAUUGAACUUAGUUUGGACUCUCCUGCAGUGGUGCACACUACACAUGUGCAGAUCCAUCGUCACCUGGACGAUGGUGCAUCAGAGCAUAGUGAGGAUGAUCAUCUAUAUGAGGACGCCGAUGGUCACCUUAACGCUUCUGCAGCGCAGCCUCCACUACCAGUACAAAGCAAUGACAACAACGCUACUGACAAUUGUGAAGACGAUGAUCUAUAUGAGGAUGUGGAUGGUCGCCCUUACGCCUCUGCCGCACCUCCUCCUGUCCCCGAUGAUGCGCUACUAGAGCCCUCACCUAUAUUCAACCCAGGGCAGCAGGCUACAAGGGCCUUGAACUUACCGCAAGAAAUGUCUGUACAACCUACUGAGUGCAUCGAGAAUAUCGUAGCGGGUGGGGAAGUAGGGCCACGGGGAAUAGCAGCAGCGAACAGACUGUAUCAACAAGGUACACAUCUCAAUCAUAGAUCGGGCUCCGGUCAACACGAGCUCACGACAUCUGCAGCUUACGGCUGUGUGGAGGGUGCCAGCCAAACUGAAACGACGUGUUCUCUUUCGAGAAGCAGCUUGUAUUCACAAUCUCACAAUGUAAGUCAUAGAACAUAUCCGGGUCAAUACAAUCUCACAGCAACGUAUAACUGCGAGGAAGGUGCCAAUCAAACCGAAACAAGCUCCGUUCUUUCAAGAAGCAGUUUGUAUGGACAGCGAUCAGGUCACAGAACCCUGGCUCGUGAUAUUACCAGAACUGACGACCACACUGCAGAAGCAGUGAACGCCCUGUAUGAGAGUAUGUAAUGUUGGAGUGAAUACUACAUGUACCGUGUGGUUGCUCAUAACCUCACAGAUAAACGUAAUACGUGUGCCUGUUCGGCCUUACACUAGAGC